CUUACUUUCGAAAAGCUGAUUAACUUAAAUGAAAUGAUUAUGUUCUUUCUGGUACUGAUCUGUUCACGAGGAAACGCUUCAAAUGAAACUGUACCAAUUCACUCUUUGCUGUGUUGGACAAUUGCUUGUUUAAUUUUGUUUUCUUUGAAGUCUCUCUGAGUUCAGUAUUAUAAUUAAGCUGACCAAAUCUUCAGUAAUAGCGAGCCACUAUCUAAUGGCUGUCUAGCAUGUCGUUUUUGGUUGUAAUAUGUUUAAUACAUCAACUUCAUGGCAAGAAAAUAACUUGAUGUUUGUUAACUGUUUCGAGACUGUCAAUUGAAUUAUUUGUUAUUGUUCUUGGCUGCAAUAACACUGCCAUUUUCUAUAUCCUUUAAAAUUAAAAAGACGUCUGCCUCAUAACUCAAAACGAGCAAUUAUGUCACUGUCAUUGCCUUUUUCGAAUUUCCAGUGUCUUCCUCAAAACACGUUUUGUUUAUUACAAAAUACAAUUUGCGUGAGAUAAGGAGUUCGGCUGCGUCCUAACUCAGGACAAGGCAAAUAAACUCUCACGAGCUCAGCUAAGUAGCAAGAGAUAACGAAAGUUGAUUAAAAAAAUAUAUAAUGAUAUUACGUCUAGAAAAGCUGUCGACGAACCGUUCCGUUUGGCCUAGCAUUUGCAUUAAAUUAAGAAUUUAUCGGACUGUAUGAUAACUAUUGGAGGAGGUCAUUUAGCACAUUGUUUUGUCCCCACACCCCAAAGAUCGCUCGCUCUCAUAUUUCAGAAACUUAUAUUGGCCAAGAUAAGUCUAUUCAGAUUCUGCUGUUCGGUCACAGUACGCUCCAACAUUUCGCACAUCACGCAUUCAGCUGAUUCAGUGAAGGAGAGCAGAACACUUUUCUUUAUCUCUUGGGAGGGGAAAUUUAAAUUCCUGUUGCAUAAAACAUCAUCUGGAUUCGAACCCUCAAGAAAAUUCUGCGCGAAUGAUAUGGUAACUUCGUGUAUUAGCGGGCGUUUUGUACAGUAUUAGUUGCCCUUGCAGCCCUCUUUCCGUCUGGUGUUUUGAAUAAUAUCGCUCACUCUGUGACCAAAACAAGGCGAUGUUCAAGGAUAAUUUCUUUUCAAGACUGGCUGUGAAAUGACCUUGAAUAGCUGCAUUAUUCACUCGCGAGUAAUCAGACCUGCCUAGGUCAUUUAUUCGUGAGCUAGCACCACGGCAACAAAAUAAAAUGGCGGACCACGAGUCAGGGGAGGUUGAGGAAGAAGACGAGAAUGUUUAUGAGCUCAUGAUCGAGUUGAGGCGGAGUGAACCAGAUCACAGAGAUGCCGUUCAAAAGAAGACUUUUACAAAAUGGGUCAACAACCAUCUUCAGAAAGUUAAUGUGAGAAUUUUGGAUCUUUAUGAAGAACUUCGAGAUGGAAAUAAUCUUUUACUACUGUUAGAGCUUCUUUGUAAAACUAACUUGCCAAGAGAAAGAGGUCAGUUACGAUUUCACAGACUUCAGAAUGUCCAGACUGCAUUGGAGUUUCUUCAGUCCCAGCAGGUUAAACUUGUGAACAUUCGAAGCGAAGACAUUGUGGAUGGUAAUCCCAAACUUACUCUUGGGUUGAUAUGGACAAUCAUCUUGCACUACCAGAUAUCAGAGGUGGAAGUUGUUGGAAAACAGGACCAAAUGACAGCCAAAGAGGCACUUCUCCUGUGGGCACAGAAAGUAACUCAGGGGUACCCUUCAGUGGAAGUUGGAAACUUUACCUCAUCAUGGAAAGAUGGCCUAGCUUUCAAUGCAAUUAUCCACAGAUAUAGGCCAGAUCUUGUGGACUUUUCAAAGCUGAAUAAAGCAAGCCCUGAUCAAAAUCUGGAGUACUCAUUUCAUGUUGCAGAGAAAGAACUUGGUGUUCCUAGGCUGUUGGACGUUGAAGACUUGGUUCACACAGACCAUCCAGAUGAAAAGUCAGUUAUGACUUAUGUUUCCUCACUGUACGAAAUAUUUCCAAAAGAGCCCACUGUUCAGGAAGCACUGCAUGAUAAUGAAAAGCUCUUUAAGUUUGAAGAGUACUGUAACCUGGCAAAGGUGCUUGUGGUGGAAAUUAACAGAGUCAUACAAAGACUGGAAAAACAGAGGUUCCCAAAGACUGUCCAAGGAAUAAAGGAGCUGAUAGUUGAUUACAACCGUUAUCGCAUUAGUGAAUUUCCUGACAUGGAAGCCUCUAGGCAUUCUUUGAAAAUGGUCUUCCGUGAACUCCAGGCUCUUUAUGGCCCCAUGGCAACCUGGCUAGAGUUUCCUUAUGAAUGUAGUCCCAGGGAAUUGGAAGUGUCAUGGUCAAAGCUUGUUGAGACACAGGAUAACUACAACAAGUCACUGAGAAUUGAGCUAACCAGGCUUGAACAGAUGUAUCAAGUGGCAGAAAAAAUUCAAAAAGAGGCAACACUUGUUGACGCUUCAUUGGAUGACAUCGAGGAUAGGAUCAAAUCAGAAGAGGAAGUUGGUGAUACCAUUGACAACGAUACGCGAAGGAAACACUUCUACCAGAUUGAAAAGUCCCUCGUGAUGUUCGAGUCCAGUAUCAAGCACAUGAUCUCUGGUGUAGACAUCUUAAUUGCUGGUCGCUACUCCCGAGCAGAUGAACUCCGAAUCAAAGUUCAGUCCAUUGAGAGGCGCUGGUCUGAGAUGAAAGAUCGUCUGGAAACACGGUCCACUAAAGUUCUCACUUACCAGACUUUCAGCACAUCAGACGGCAAGAAAAUGAAACUGGAGUUACCUGUGGAGAAAACUGUUGUGUCCACAGAGGAAACAACACCUACUUCAGAUUAUCCCGACGAGGAGGGGGUGAAGACAAGAAGGAAAGUCAUUACAAUUACUAAGAGAACCUACCGCUCAUCAGGGGGUACCCCCACGGAAACUAGAACAACUGUUGCUCGCAUCAUGUCUGCAGAGGGAUUAGAUGACGACUCGAACGACAGUGGAGCCUCGCCCCAGGGCCGCACUCGGGUGAAGAUGAAGUUCGACAUGGAGGUGGGAACUGGGGAUAAGUCACACCGGUUAGAUGCAAUGCUGGCCUGGAUAAGAGAAACAAAGGACGCCAUAGAAAAAGAAGACUUUGGUUUGGAUUUACCAUCUGCACAGAAAUACCAACAAAACCACCAUGUACAACACGAUGCCGUGCUGGCCUUCCAAGACGAACUGGACAAAAUAAAGAAGCUGGAGGCUGAGGACAGAAGUCUUCAUGAAAAGAUCAUAGAGAUCCACGAGGAAUAUGCAGCCCUUGUGAAAAGUUCUGUGGAUCGUAUUAACCAUUUGAAGAGUUUGGUCGCUUUCAUGAGUGAAGCCACUAAAGAGUUGAUCUGGAUGAACCAACGAGAGGAGCCAGAGGUGUCACGUGACUGGUCUUGUACUGACCUCGACAUCGAAGAACUGCAAGCGCACGGAGAGAAUCUUGAGUUUGAUAUUCGAGAAAGAGAACCACAUUAUAACAUGCUACUGGCCAAAGGAGACAAUUUGAUUCAAACUGGACACCCCGCACCCGGUCCAAUUGAGGCGUACCUGAAUGCCAUGCGAAGUCAGUGGUGGUGGUUAAACCAACUCAUUAUCGCCUUUCAGCAGCACGUAAGGAAUGCAGAAAUGUACCAACAGUAUUUCCAGGAUGCACAUACAACAGAGCAGAAGAUGAUUCAGUUAGUUGAAAGACUGAACACGGAAUAUGAUGUACAGAACAUCUCUGCACGUGAUGCCGCUGAACAGGCUUUGAACAGCCUGACGGAAAUGAAACAAGAACUAGUUGACUUCAAAGAUGUCAUAAGUUCUUUACAACUCCUGAGUAAAAAGGUGGUACCGUUGCCGCAGAGGAAAUCCAAACUAAAGAGCAAACUUCUUGUUGACCCAGUGUGCAGUUACAAGAACAUGCAGAAUAUUGUCAACAAAGGUGAAGAGUGUAUUCUGCUGGAUAACUCUGAACAUCACUCUUGGAAAAUCACAAAUGCCAGUGGUAGACAGUGUGAAGUGCCGUCAGUAUGUUUUGUUAUUCCUGCUCCUGACGUAGAGGCUACUGAAUUUUCAACAAGGUUGGAAAUUCAGUAUAAACAUUUAUUAACACUGUGGAGAACAAGACACUGGAACCUGAAGCAAGCUCUCAGCAAGGAACAGGUCUUUACAAAUGUGAAAGUGAUCAAAUCCACCUCUCCUGAGAAGGGUAAGCUGUCACUUUUGGCAGGCUCAAAAGAUGUUGACCAGCUUUUGAAAGAUAUCCAAAUGCCUGAUGAUCAAGAAAUAGUUGGUAUCACAGAAAGACUAGUUGAACAAGACCCAGUGACGGCAGCUACAGUCUCACUAAGUGAACAACCUGUAGAAACCAUAACAAAUGGAAUGCAAAGUGUGCAAACCCUUGAUAAGCAAAGUGCUCAGAGCACUCUAAAUGAUCUACUGGCCUGGCUUAACAGAGCAGAAGCCUUCUUGAAAACCAAGUCACGAGAGACUCUAAACCAAGGAAGCCUGUCCAGUACUCUACAGCAAGUUGAGAAUUUAAAAGAGCAACAGACUCAAAGAACUCCACAGUAUGACUUUCUGAUGCAAGCUCUAAUCACCAAAAUGGACCCGCAACUGCAAAGCAAGUUAGGUCUACUGUCUGAGAAGUGGAUCAGAGUGAAGGAAGAAACGUACACGUGGCAUAGAAUGCUUGUGUUCUUGCUGAACAUUGCUGAACUUGUGUCAGAUCUUGAAGAUAGCCUGCGACGCGUUGAAAUCAUUCUCAUACAACAGCCUGGUCUCACUGCCAACCUGAAAGACAUUCAACAUCAGAUCAAAGUUUUACAGGGAGCACUUCAAACUGAAAUAGAGCCAAGAAAGAGCAAGAUUGAAGACAUUCAGAGGUCGCUUCCUGACUUAAAGGACUUCGACAAGACCAGAGUACAGGCCAUUCUGGAGAGAUGGGAAGCUGCCCAGCAUCAGAUUGAUAACCGUCUUGUGGGACUCGUCAAAGCUGAACACAAACUAGAGCAGUUUCAAGCUGGAUUACAAAAUGAAUUGGACUGGUUAGAAAGAGUUGAGGAGAAAGUCCAAGACCGAGACUCGAGCAGAGAAAGUAGUAAUGCUGAAAGUGUUAUGGAAGAACUUACAGCUCUGUACACAGAUAUUCGAAGCCAGCAAGUCCCAAUCAAAACUCUUUGCACCAUGGGACAUGAAUACACGGACGAAUCACAGGUGUGGGAAAGGAACCUGGAGGAGUACCGUCACAGCUUGCAUCACUUGCCCGAGUCCCGAGACCCUGCCAACCCCCUCCUGGAAAGUGCCCAGAAGGGCCGCGAGGAAAUCAUAGCAUCUCUGAUGAGUAUGAACGCCAGAUACGAGAAACUUUUGAAUGAGGUUCAGAUCGUCAUGGAAAUGCUUGUGGACACUUUGAAGAGACAGGGAAAAGAACACAAAGAGGUUGAAGAAGCGUGUUUACAGUGGUGUUCCUCUAUCCAGCACUUACUUGACUGGUUGUCAGACACUGAGAAAACCCUGGUAGCACAAACAGCAUCUCCCGCAGAUGUCAAGCAGCUUGAAGAACAGAUUGAGGAACAGAAGAGAUUCACUAAGGCUGUCUAUGAGCGGAAGAAACCAGUUGAAGUUAUGCUCUUACAGAGCAAGCAGUUCUUGAAAGGCAGCGGUCAGCUUUUGUCGCCCACGAAAAAAGCCGAACUCGACUCGAAGAUGAGCAUCUUGGAAGCGAGAUGGGGACGACUACAAGCCGAGCUUGACAAUCGCUACAUGAGACUCGUUAGGAUUCACGAGAAGUUGACGAAGUUUGAGGAACUGCUGCAUCCAUUCCUGGCUUGGCUUAAGAAAGCAGAAGAUCAAGGAACCGCCAUUCUACUUGACGCCAAAGAUCUGCAGAGAGCGCAGGACAAACUGCUCAUUCACAAGCACUUUGUUGACGACGUAAAAGACCACGAACGAGACUUGAAGGAAGUGAACCAGAGUGGAGAAGACUUUCUACACGAAGCCAAGGUCUUCCACGCAGAACUCGAACGAUCUGUAGCCACGUUAGAAUCCGCAGAUGUCAAGUCGCCGACUCAAGUUAUAUCAGACCCGAAUGAAAAGUCCUGGGUACUAGAGAACAAGCUUGCAGAUAUCAAUGAACGUUACAACAGGCUUCUGUUGCUACUCAGUGAACAAGGAACUAUCUUGGACCGCUCGUGGCGUCAGUUACGUGAAUACGACAGUCAAGCUUCACAGGUGCUACCUUGGUUGAACAGUGUAGAGGACACACUAGCAAGAUACAUGGCACAGCCUCUGAAACCUGAUCCAACCGCUAUUAAACAGCAAAUCAGCGAUCUUCAGACGCUGCAAACAGACGUGAAUUCACAUCAGGCGGAGAUCGUAGCUGUCAGCGUGCUCGGUCACAGCGUGGAAGGGUUAAUUCGCGUCCCCGAGUUUGAGCGAAAAAAGUCGAUUAAUCAGCGAUACGAUGAGCUGUGUGCGAACAUCUCUGUGUACCAGGCCAAGCUGCAGUCCGCACUCACUAACUCACAGAACUUCAAGGAUGGAUUAGAAGUCGCUAUCAAGGCGCUGACUGAACUCAAGAAACAACUGGAUAAACUGCCACCCGUGUCACGCAAUCUCAUUGAACUUAGAAACCAGGCGCAACAAUUCAAGAUUCUUCAAGUGGAAGUGAAUCGCCAUGGCACGUCAGUGGAAGCUCUAAACGAGAUGUUCCACUCACAGAAGAAGAAACACAAAGAAUCCAAACUGAAACAACUCAACAAACUAUGGGCUGAAGUGAUGGAAAGAUCCGACAAGCGAAAGGAAGAAUUGAAGAGUGUGUUCAUUAUGAUCGCAAAAGAUUUCGAACGCUGGGAACUGGGAAUGAUCAAGAGACUUGAUUCCGGUGAACUGGUGACUAGUGAUAUACUCGUGUUCGAAGAGAAGUUACAGCAUUUCCAAGAUGAAGUGGAGAAGAUGCGACCAGCUUUCCAAUCUGUGAAUCAAGGAGGUCACGAGCUGAUCAAUCUGGAGAAGAACAAACAGCAGUCCAUCAUUCUGGAAACGUUAGAUCGCGUCAACAAGAACUGGCAGGCUUUGGCCAUUAAACUGCUAAACACCACGGCUAAGUUUGAUGAAUUACAGGAGCAAUCAGAGAAGUUUUACUCAGUCUACAAAAACGUCACUGUCUGGUUGGACAACAUUGAAGUGAGGCUUGUCUCCAUACCCCCUGUGGGUCUCGACCCUGAUGUGCUCAGCUCACAGAUGAAAGAACAGAAGGCGUUACAGAACGAAGCCGUGCAGUACAAGGCUCAAAUCGAUCUCCUUGUGGGACUGGGAAAGGUCAUCAUCAGUAUCACAGCCCAGCAGCCCAGUGACACGCCCCAGUGCCCUCUCGAGGAGGACUUAACAUCAGUACGUACGCGGUACGAUGAAGUGUGGAAGCGUUUGGAAACGCGCAAUGUAACGUUAGAGACGACAGUGUUACAGAUGGAGAAAUACAGGAGACUGGUGAGGAAUAUAACUAUUUUCCUGGGACGGACGGAGAAAAGACUGGGAAAGCUGGAACCUGUGGGGGGAGAUACGGAUACAAUCAGGCGACAAAUAUCUGAACACAAGACUCUUCAGAAAGAAAUUGCCCAGAACAAGGGGGAUGUUGCGCUGCUGUUGAAGGCGGGAAAUGAUUUGUUAGAAGGUCGCGAAGGAGCUGCUGGAAGCGACGAAAUCCAGGAGGAGAUUGCUAGCGUUCGAGGUCGGAUGGAGUUCAUCGUGGUGGCGUCAAACGAGCGACAAAAGGAACUGGAGAGCACAUGGAGUACAGUCAAGAAUCUGGACGAGUCGGUCCAGUCUCUCACGGUCCAGAUCAAACGACGGACUGGAGAAAUCGAAUCUCUCUUACAAGAGGAAGAUCCCAAGAAUCUGAGCAGGCGGGUCAAGGCUUUAGAUCUCGAGGUGACCAGACUUAAUUACCAGCUUGCGAACACGAAUGAGACUGGACAGGAGGUGGUUCGCCAUCUACAGGAUACAGAUCAAGACCCAAGUGUUGUUAUAGACAAGGUGGACGGAGUCAACAACCAGUGGGACCAACUACAAACCAGAUUUCUGGAGCUUAGAAAUCGUGUUGGAGACAAGGAAGAUGAGCCUCAGGGAGACGGCGAUUCUACCGUACCAUUUAAGGUCACAACAGUAAAAAAGAGUCAGAUUGAAGGAUUCGAGGUUCCCAAAUCAGUUAAAUCGGAGCCACAAGUCGUAGAAACUCACGAAAGGUCAAGAUUCAAAGGAGAGCUAUCUGCUAGACCGUUUGAAUUAGGAACGUCUGCUUUAAGAACCGCUGAUGGUGAUAAAACUAUUGAGGACAAGUCUCCUUUUGGAGUUACCACAGUGAAAAAGGGCACUAUAGAAAGCUUUAAAAUUCCAGUCCCCCACAAACUCGAACAAGAGACUAAACAAGGCGAGAAAGGUGCUGUAGUAAGUAAAUCAGUGUUCGAGUGGGGAAGACCGCUUCUUGGAGGAUCAUCUGAUGAAGAAGAUUACAGCGAAGAAGAUGAAGAUGAGACUGGGGAGGACAGUGGUAGACAACCUCUCGUGCAGGAAUCAGCGGCACCUGUUUACUUGGAGAAAGAACCAAGUGAGGUGAGUAUUCCUUUGCAGCGUUCAGUAAGAAAGAUAGUGAAGCCCGAAGAAGUUAUCGAGGAAUACGUUGAUGAAGAAGGUCGCCAGGUGAAGAGGAUUUCUAAAGUAACGACCACCAAGACAAUAACCAGGUCAGAGCGUCGUUUACCCGCCCAGAAGAUGGAUGUUGAUGUCCCUUCAGAGCCAGGAGAAGACUUAGAGGAGUACACAGACGAAAAUGGUCAGCGAGUAAGAAGAGUUGUACGGACUUCUUUUACCACUACUCCCAAGACGGUGUUGCGAGAUGGGGCGGUGAAAGUUGUCCUGAAACCAGGAGAUCAUGGUCAACGCGAGCUUAGAGAAGGACCCGAGCAAACUGAAAGAAUUCACACGUUUACCUCAGACGACGGUCGUCGCACACAAAAGCUCACCAAAACCACAUUGACGACUCGGUUGAAAAGAACUGUACAACCUGUGACUGUCCAGUUGCCGUCACCAGCAUCAUAUCCUAUACAUGAGGAUAAUCAGCCACCCAUGGAUCAAGACGAAAAUUUUAAUCUUGCAAGAGUAGAAAGAAAUGUUUCUUACCCAGAGUGGCUCGAAACCGUCAAAGAAAAACCUUCAACACCAAAGGAGAUUUCUCUCUCAUCGAUACAGGUAGAACCACUUCAACCCGUUUUACCGACAGUGCAUAUCCCUGAGAGACCGGACAUCGUCGAAGAACUGUCGGCAACCGUUGUUGAAAGGCACCGGCCUGUAAUAUCCCUCCUGGAUCUUGAAGAGGACAAAGAAAGCCCAGAAAUUCGCGAUCGUAAACGAAUACAACCUCCAGAGGGUCCGUCCGGGAUAUCUGAGAUACCACGAAAACGGGCGCACAAGGAACCAUCACCUACGCCCCCCACGGAACGCGAUGCGGACCCUCAAGUGGAAAUAGACGAUGUACAGGAAGAAGAUGAAACAUCAGAGGAUGAUGAAGCCGACGAGUUUAAUGAAGAGAUUGUGGUACUUGAGGUUAAAAGGCACCCACGGGUUCCCAAAUGGUUUGUUGUUGUGCCUGACAAACCUGAAGAACCUCUCAAAGCGGAUGGUUUAGAUUAUCCAAAAAGAAUUACCAGCUCUGUGUCCCAGGUUAAAGAAAGGCCUGAAAUAAAAGAAGAUGCGUCUUUUAUCAACAUCGAAAGAAAAGUAACAAUCCCUGUUCUAAGCUCGUCCUUUGAAAACGAGGCACCAAUGGAGGUUGAUGAAGUCAAGGACGAUCCACAUCAAACUGUUAAGAAAGAAGCUCGACAAAUUGAACCCGUCGAGGUAACAUUUCCUGUAGUACCAUCAGAAGAUGAAUCGCCGGAAGACGUCGAAGAGUAUAUUGACGAAAAUGGUGUUCGAAUAAAGAGAAUUGUGAGGCGAACCAUUACAACAACAGCCAUUAAAAGGGAAGAUCAAGGUAUUGAACGGAUGGAGAUCAGGUCUCCAGUAGUACCCUCAGAAGAGGAGUCACCAGAAGAAAGUGAAGAGUAUAUUGAUGAAAAUGGUGUUCGGGUGAAGAGAAUGGUGAUUACCAGGGCUAGGAUGAAAUUUCCUGUGGCACCAUCAGAACAGGAAUCCCCAGAAGAAGUCGAGGAAUAUGUUGAUGAAAAUGGUGUUCGUGUGAGAAGAAUUGUGAGGCGAACCAUUACAACAAGAAGUAUAAUUCGUACAUCUGUUGAUGAAACAAACGACGGUCCAGGUGCAAGGAUGUUUGAGUCAGCGGCGCCUGUUUACCUUGACUCUGAUGAUGUUGUUCCUUCAGUGCAAACACGUGAAGUUGUCCUUCCUGAAUGGAUGGAAGAGAGUGAACCAGCAUCGGAAGAACCGAGACAACCUACAGAGGACAUUUCCUUCGUAAUUCUGCCGUCCCAGCCAAGAGAACCUCAGUCAAAAGGAGACCUUGACCGCGAGGACGUAAUGGAGAGAGUUACCUCGACAACUUUGANUCGGGAAAUAGUUAUGCCUGAAAUCGAGGGAAUGGAAGAUGAAUCACCCGAAGAAGUUGAAGAAUUUGUUGAUGAGAACGGCGCUCGGGUGAGGCGGAUUGUCAGGAGAACCAUCACCACAACCAGUAUCAAAAGAGAAAGUCAAGAGACUGAACCAGUGGAGGUUAAAUUUCCUGUUGCACCAUCAGACGGUGAAAGUCCAGAGGAAGUCGAGGAGUAUAUUGAUGAGAAUGGUGUUCGGGUGAGAAGAAUUGUUAAACGAAUCGCUACAACGGCAACUAUAAAAAGAGAAGGCGCCGAGAUUGGAUCAGUGGAAGUUAAAUUUCCUUUAACACCAUCUGAAGAUGAAUCACCAGAAGAUUUCGAGGAAUAUAUUGACGAAAAUGGCGUUCGUGUGAGGAGAAUUGAGAGGCGAACCAUUACAACAAGAAGUGUAAUCCGUACAUCUGUUGAUGAAGCAAAGGACGGUGCAGGUGCAAAGAUGUUUGAGUUAGCAGCUCCUGUUUAUUUUGACUCUGAUAAUGUUGUUCCUUCAGUGCAAACACGUGAAGUUGUUCUUCCUGAAUGGAUGGAGGAGAGUGAACCAGCAUCAGAAGAAGCUAGACAACCUACAGGAGACAUUUCUUUCUUAAUUGUGCCGUCGCAGCCAACAAAACCAGAGUUAAAGGAAGAUCUUGACCACGAUGACGUAAUGGAGAGAGUUCCUUCGGCAACUUUGAAUCGGGAAAUAGUUAUUCCUGAAAUCGAGGGAAUGGAAGAUGAAUCACCCGAAGAAGUUGCGGAGUAUGUUGAUGAGAACGGAGUUCGUGUUAGGCGGAUUGUCAGGAGAACCAUUACAACAACCAGUAUCAAAAGAGAAGGUCAACGGACCGAACCAGCGGAAGUAAAAUUUCCUGUUGCACUAUCCGACGACGAGCCACAAGAGGAAGUUGAAGAGUAUACUGAUGAGAAUGGCGUUCGUGUGAGACGAAUCGUGAAACGAAGCAUCACAACAACAACAAGAACAACUAUUAGGAGACAAGGCCAUGAACUAGAGCCAGCGGCGGUGGAAUUUCCUGUACAAGACAGAGAAGGCAUUUCUCCUGAUGAAUUGGUCGAAGAAUAUGUUGAUGAAAAUGGUGUUACAGUAAAGAGAAUCGUAAAACGAACGACGACAACAACCGUGCAGCGAAGAGUCUUGUCUGAGGAAAGAGAUAAGCCUGUUGGACUAUACCAGGUAACCGAAGAAGUAGCUCCAAGGAAAGAAAUAGAAAGUGUUGAGGCGAUUACACCUGAAACUGUUCUUUUCACUCAGAUGCAAGCAAUAUCUCCCAGAAGAGAGUCCAUUCCAUACGAAACAACAGUUGUACAACGUUACCUCGUUAUCAUCGAAACACUGUAUCAGUAUGUUUUAGAGCACAAGUCGAUGAUUUUUAUCUACAGCUCGAGGUACAUGCAGUUUAAUUUUGUUCUGGAGAAUUUCUUACAGUGGAUGCUUGUCACGUUGAAGACGCUGAGCUGGAUGAGGCCAGUCUCGUGGAAGGUGGAUGAAAUCAAAGACCAGCUGCAACAGAUCAAGAACAUUGAAGACGAAAUAACUGACCGUACACCUAUCAUCGAAAACUUCACCAAAGUCAGCGAGAUCCUGGUACAGAACGCACAACCAGGCGACAAACAGGACCUCUCCAGGGAGAUACAUCACGUGACUGAAGCAUUGAGCAGCAUCGUUGAUAUGACCGCUGACCGACGAAGGACCUUGGAAAACGUGCUGCCUCUAGCCGACGAAUACUACAAUGACUUGGAAAAGCUGGCACAAGUGAUGUCUAAGGUGGAAGACCAGCUGAAUACGCAGCGAGCAUUUGGGGCUGAGCCAGAAAGCAUCAAGGAAGAAAUUGAGGAGAUUAAGAAUUUACAGUCAACUUUAGAUAACGCGGCCGAUAAAGAGCGCUCGUCUGGCGAAGCUCUCCUGAGUCUGCAAGACCCGUCAACAGACAUGGCAGCGGUUCGAAGUCAAAUGGAUGCGCUGUCAAGUCGGGUGGAUGCACUGAAGAUCAAGAUGAGUCGAUUUGAGGAGCAUUACGAAGAGCACAUGCGCAAAGCAGCUGAGUUCCAACUUGCAGUGGAAAAGCUGCUUGCAAAGUUCGCCGGGAGGAAGGAAGAGUUACUUGCAGUUGACAUUGAUACCACUGACAGACAGGCGGUCAAGAAACGACUUGAAGAGCUCGAGGCCUUUCGUGAAGAGAUCAGUAAACAUAAGCCUUUGCUCACGACAGCGACUCUGACUGGUGACUGGCUAAUCAGAAAUGCUCACAGUUCCAGCGCCUUGUUGCCAAACGGUGAACGUGAGAGUGAAGCAAUUCCGCGGGACAUCCAAGAAAAGUUGGACAAGAUCAAAGAGAACUUCCAUGACCUGGAGGGGACAAUCCGUCAGCAGAGACUCUAUCUGAACUCUCUGUCAGUGCCGCUGGAGACAGUGUACACUCUUCCAGUGGAUCAUCAGCCUGUAGAGGAAGCUAUAAAUCAUUUUAUUACCUGGCUUACUCGAGCAGAGGAAGUGGCGUCUAACUAUCAGCCAUUGAAAGCUGAUCUCAUCACACUACGAGAGGAUGAAAUCGCUAAUACGGCUGAUAGGCGAGAUGUUCUGAUGCAUGAGCCUUUGUAUAAUAACCUUGUUCGAAAAGUUACUGCAUUCCUGGAGUCCUCAGGCCCAGGCCCCAAGAAGGACGAGUUCAGCGCCAAACUGGAUGACGUCAGCAAAAGAUGGGAUGAGCUCAAGAGAAAAACAAAUGAACGGCAUGCGCAGAUCGAGGAUGUGUUACCGCUGGCUCAAAAGUACCACGACAACUCGCAGAACGUAAAGGAUGUUGUUACUUUAGCAGAAACAGAACUGGGAUCCUAUUUGGGCGUUUCACCUGACGUGGAGAUCGCAAAACAAGAGUUACAGAACGUCAAGGGUGUGUUGAAAGCUGUUGAAAAACGAGCGCGUGAUGUCAAACGAAUGAACGAAGUUGGUGAUGAACUAGCCAACAAGCUCGACAAGUACGAUGGGAUGUCAAAUGAAGCCCGUCGCGAUCAGCAAACAACCAAUGAACGUUACGAACGAAUUCGAUUGGAGCUUCAAAACCGGGAGCACCUGAUCGAGGCUCAAGUGAACGCCUCAGAUCAAUUCAUGACCGCACUACAGGAGUUUGAACUGGACUUGACAGGUGUGGACGCCGCCAUCUUGGAGGAACCAGCUGGAAGUGACAGUGAUGCGCUAAAGCGACAAUUGGCUGAGCUAAAGGCCACGAAGGUGGCUCUAGCUCAGCGGAGACCUAAGCUCGGCUCGCUGCAAUCGAGUGGACUAGCACUAAUGCAGGAGAACAAAGACAACGAGAAGUUCCUUGAUGUCACUAAGUCCAAAGUCCAAAACGUGACAGAUCUGUACUGCAGCAUCGAGGACAAAAUCAAGGAUCGCAUUACGCUUGUGCAAACGGCGCUUUACCGCUGCCAAGGGUUCAACGAGGCUCUGGACGAUUUUGAAAAAUGGUUGUAUGACACGGAGGGUCGAUUCCAGGCCCUUGGUACGCUGUCAAUCAAACCAAGUGUCAUAAAGAAACAGGGGUCUGGUCUGAAGGCAAUAAAAGAAGACGUGGACUUCCAUGCUCCUCUUUACGACGACAUUCAACAGCGAGGUAUUGACAUGCUAAUACGGACCGACACCGCCGCUGACCGGCAUCAGCUACAGAUGAGACUUGGUGACGUGGAAAACCGCUGGAAAGACCUGAAGGCGGGAAUUGACGAGCGGCAGAAAAGUCUCGGUAGACUGGCACCGAGUGUGCUUGGUUACAUCGAAGUGCGCGAACAGGUGGUCACCUUGUUAAGCGAGAGCGAAAAGAAGUUUGACGAACUGGCUUUGGGGCAGGGUGAUGUGAGCGAUAUGGCGGCCAUGACAGAGAAACAAGAACAGCUUAAGGCGUUGCGCGAGGACCUGGAGAACAACCGGCCUGUGUUACAGAACCUUUUGUCCAUGUCGGAAGCUUUGAUUGGCGUGUGCCAUGAGCUGUCAAUCAACAAUGACGUUGUCAUGGUGACCAGCGAAGUGGAGGAAGUGAAGAGACGAUGGGAAGCUUUGACAGCUAAAGUAGUUGGCGGAGAAAAAGAGCUGAAAAAUUCCAACAAGACUCUGGCCUUGGUACAAGAAGUCAUGCAGCCAAUGCAACAAGUGAUGUCUGAAGCUGAAAGUAUUCUGGCAACUGAGCCUAGAGUUGGAUUCAACAUUGGACAGGCCAAGAAAGAACUCAUCAAAGUCAACAAAAUGAUUGACGUGUUAGAAAAGUCGGAAAUCAAGCUGUUGAGACUGUCCAAACAGGUUACUAACAACGAGUACAUCAUCACCAUUAUCAAAGACAACCGAGUCAUGCAGGUGCGCUUGAAAGAAAGAAAAGUCAAACUCGAGAAGUACAUCAGAACCGUGGAAGUCUUCCAGGGAGCUGGUAACGAGAUUGAGAUGAAGGUGAUGGGCAUCAUGAGUUUUGUGUCAGUGGAGAUCAUUGUAACAGACCUGGAGAACAUCCGGGACCAGCUGCAACACGUGCAGAAUCUCGAGGAGGAGGUUGUAAUUCACAGACGAAAAAUCGACACCAUGGAAGAAACUGGCGAGUGGAUCAUCAAAGAAAACGGUGGUAAUCCCGAAGUCAUCAGCGAAGUUCACUCGAAAAUCAACCGAGCCAAGUCGACGAUCAACGAAGUAACGGUCAAACUGAACGACCGGCGCCGAAGAUUAGAAACAGCUCUAACCGAAAAACAACGAGUGUUUGACACAUUAGAUGAUUUCGACAAAAGGGUGGUGAAGCUGGACAAAUCUCUGACUCGAGCCAAACCGGUUUCGGCCGAGUUUAUUGUCAUCAAAGAGCAGAGGGCUUCCCACGAGAUUGUUGUUCGAGAGGUUGGUCGUCUUCGUCCGAUUUCAGAUUACGUCUUCCCGGCGGCCGAAAGUCUUCUGGCAAACACCGAGGCAACAACGGAGAAAAGCCAAUUCGAGAACCGUGUGUUAGCCACACGUACCCUCUGGGAGGGUGUUCGACUCAGAAGUGACAACAGACAUGUGGUUAUUGAACGAGUGUUCCCAUUGGCCCAGAACUACGAUGAUGCGUACCGAGUGUUGAACGUGUGGCUUAGAGAAACAGAACAGAAAGUCAUUAACCUCGCUCCAGUCCCCUGCACCUCCGAGAGCUUGAGUAACCAAUACAGACAUCUAGCGACUCUCCAAGAAGAUGUAGUCAACCACACUCCUGUAUUUGAGUUCUUCGUGGCAGCCGCAACAGCCCUCAGUAACGCGUGUGACAGUGCAAACAUCACAGAAGGCCUGGAUCCCAUCAAAAUGCUUAGUCAGGAAGUCGCGAAUCGCUGGCAAGUCAUGACAACUGUUGUAGAGCAGAAGAAAAAUGUGAUUGACAGUGUUCAACAGCAGCUCAAACAGUAUGAAGACGCUUUGGAAAAGAUCGAGCACUUGUUGAAUCGCACCGAAGCUACCUUGGUUUCCCAGAGUGCAACAGGGGCAGACGUGAAUAAAGCGAAAGUCAACAGAGACACACUGAAGACACUGAAGUCAGUUGUUGAGAAUUCCAAAGAAGAGCUGGAUUAUCUAAACAGCACAGGUCACAUGCUCGUACAUGACGUGGAUCAUCAGCUGGUGAACUCUGCACUCAUACAGGAUCAGCUGGCCACACUGAAUACUAAUUACAAAGAUGUUCUUUACAAACUGGAACUUGAACAAAUCAAACUUGAGCAGGUGAUUGAGAACGCAGAAGAUUUCCAAAGUGCCGUGGAAGUGUUUGAAUCAUGGCUGCCUAGAGUGUCCAGUGUGGUUCAACAGUUUGGUCCAAUUUCCUCUGACCCCAAGGAAAUCAAGAAACAACUGAAAGAGGCUGAGGACUUACAAGACGACCUCGAGAAAAACAAACCGUUGCUGCUGUCAGCUGAAGACAGUGGGCACAGAUUGGUGGAGGUGUGUUCAGAGGAGCUGACUGUAGACUCUGUGGUAGCCACCAAGCUUGAUCCGCUACAGAAGGCGUUUGAGAUCCUGUAUGUCGCGGUGGUGGACCGAUUGGGUCAGCUGCAGAUGAGACUUGUUCAGUCCCAGGAACUGGACGCGUCGCUUGCUGACGUCAUUCGGUGGCUGGUGGAGAUGGAGAAGACACUAAGCCGACAGGAACCCAUUGCAGUUCAACCUGUUAAAGUUAACAGACAGAAGCAAGAUCAAGAAGUUUUCUGUAAAGAGAUUGUGAGCCAACAACCAGUGAUUCAACAAGUGGAAAGUAACGCUACUAAUGCGAUGAUGUUUAUGCCGUACGGACCAGACCGUGACGUACUCAAAUACAAACUGGCAGAUAUCGACCGACGCUUUACUGCUGUGUCUGAGAAAUCCACCCAGCGGAAACAGACUCUUGACUCCAUCCAGCCCCUGACAGGACAGUACCAUGACGUCAUGAACGCGUUUUUGAUUUAUUUGGACAGCGCUGAAGAUAAACUCGAGUCACUGAAGAAAGUACCACGUGACGAAGAGGGUGCUGCUCGCCACAAAGCCGACGCACAGGCGUUCUUAGAAGGAGUAGAGAGUCACAGAGGCGUUCACCAACUGGUAAACAUGUCUUCGAAGGCCUUGUUAGACUUCUGCCAAAGUAACGCUCUCAGUGUAGACACAUCACACAUCAUAGAUGACGUACACAAUGCCAACACUCGCUAUGACAAGCUGGGUGGAGCAAACUUUGACAUGGAAAAACAGAGCCGAGUGGCUGAGCAGAGUGUCGGGCUAUACCAGAAAGCUUUGCAACCUGUGCAGCAGACGUUUGUCGAUGUUGACAGUUUUCUCGAGUCUGAGCCUGCGAUAGGACUGGACGCAGAGAAGGGCAAGGAAGAACUGGUGAAAGUUGAUGAACUUUUGAGCACUCUUGAAGAGCAGAAAGCUGAUUUGGAGGUUGUGGAAAUGUCAGGUCCUCCUCGUGUGGAAAAAGCCGUGAACUUAGCGGAAGAACUGGCUAUUGUGUCGCAGAAAUAUGACAUGAAUGUCAACAAGCUGAAACGACAGAAGGGUCGAUUAACGAAGCACGUUGAAAAGCUGCUGAUGUUUAUGAAGAUUCAGCAUGAAGUAGAAGUUUGGAAUGAGGAAAUGUCUGAAACGAUCAGUCGGUUGUCUCCAGUCAGUGAAGACAGCGAGAAGGCCAAGGCAGAGCUGGCAAAUGCUAAGGCCCUCAACGAAGAAUUCCAAAAGUAUCGUCCAAAGCUUGAAACACUUGAAGAAAUCACGGAUUAUCUGCUAGAAACAGAAAAGGACGACCCUACUCUUGCAGCAGAAGUCAGAGAGAAGUUCAGCGCUGUGGAAGAGCCUUUUGAACGGCUCCACUCAACCGUUCUCCAGCGCCAAGCUCGUCUGCAGAAUAUCGUUAUCCAGGGUCAAGAUUUCCAGUUGUCGUUGAGUGAAGCACAAGAUCAGUUGAACGAAUUUGAGAGAAACAUCGCUCAGCUACCAGCUAUCACUGCUAUUUACGAGGUAGUGCAGCAACAGAAGGAAGAUCACGAGGGUCUGUAUCUUGAGAUCACCUUGAGAGAGGUUGUGUUCAAUGAACUUCUCAAACUUGGCCGUGAGGUCCUGGAAAAGACCGAACCAGGCCCCAACCGUGAAGAUCUUCAAAAGGACUUGAAUAACCUUGAAAGCCGCUGGACGGAUGUGUAUUACAACACUGUAGAAAGGCAAGAGAAACUAGAGGAAAUUGUACCGCUGGCUCAGAAGUACACUGACUCAGUCAGUGAUCUCCUUCCGUGGUUAACAGAAACCGAGCAAAUGGUAGCAGACUGUCACGUGACGAUUGUCUGUGAAAAGCAUGCGCUGAUCAGGGAACAGACUUUCAUUAAGUACCUGCAACAGUUCGUACAAGAGGAUAUAGAGGGGCACCGUCCAAUCUAUCGCUCACUUGUGGACAGCUCAGAUGAUUUACUUGAAAGCUGUGAAGAUUUGUCCGUCACUGAAGGUGUGCCACAGAUACAGGAUGACGUCAAGGACAUGAUUGACAGGUGGAGCAAGGUAAACCAGUUUUAUCUUGACAGACGAGGGCAGGUUUCCGAAGCCGCGCUAAUUGUGAAGAAAUACAGGAGCUUGCUGCUGCCAGUUGAAAACGAACUGGGCCGAGUGGAACGACGAAUGGAGGAGUGUGCAUAUGAAGGAAUCAAUAUCGAAGUUGGCAAGAAAAAGCUGGACACUUUGAAGGUUAUUCAAGAAGAUGUCUACAGUUUAGAAUCCCAGCUUGAAUCUGUGAACGAUCAAAUUAAAGAGGAAGACAAGGCUUACCUCGAUUUCAUGCCGAUCAAACAGCGUGUGUCUGCACUCGGUCAACGGUGUAGUGCUCUGCGUAAGGACACCAAUGAGAGAAUAGCGAAACUCGAGAAGAUUGUGAAAGAGUUGACAACAUUUGUUACAGCCACUGGAGAACUGCAAGUCUAUCUCAAGACUGCAUUUGAAAAACUGGGUAACUUGGAGCCUAUUCAUAACGAUGCAGACGUGAUUAAACAGCAACUGAAGGAAGUACAAGCGCUUCAAGAGGAGGCCAACACCCAGCUUGGCGUGUUGUCGACUGCCGAGAUAGCUGCUACCACUAUUUGCUCUGACAAGAAGGACGAUCUGAAGGCCACCCAUGAAGUGAACAAAUCACUACAUGAAGUUCAAACGCCUAUGUUGGAUGUGUUAGAUAGACUUCAGACUCGCGAACAGGACUUGAAGAGCGCUCUGGAGCAUCUGGAAACUUACAAAGCACAGCUGGAACCAGUGCAGGAGGUGUUCUCUCAGGUGGAGAGCACUGUUGAGGCCCAAGCCCCGGUCGACUUGAACAAAGGAGAAGAUGAACUCGGCAAAGUGGAUACGAUGAUCAAAGAAAUGGAAGAGAGCAAUAGACAUGUGCGCUUGAUUAGGACAUCGAGUCAAAAACUCCUCCGAGUCAUGGACAUUCAGUCGGAGCCUGGGGCCGAGGUGCAGACGGAGGUCGCCAAAGUCACGCACAAGCAACGUGAUCUCAGUUCUAGUCUCCGCCUACGCCGCUCUAAAGUCGAGAAGAGUCUGCAACUGUAUGGAGAUUUCUUGGAACAGAUUGAAAAGGUGGAGAAAUGGCUUCCAGAGGGAACUGAGCGAGUUCAGGCAUUAGAGCUUGUGAGCGGCGAACCAGAUGUGAUCAGAAAAGAGCUCGAUAAAGUGCAGGAUGUUGAAGAGGACGUACAGGCGAACGUAGCCUCAUUAGACAACGCCAAGGGGCUAGCGGACAAAAUCAAAGAGCUUAGCAGCGAAGAUCCUGUCAUUAAUAGAGACCUUGACGAAAACGUAAAGAAGGUAGAGCCACCCUUAAACGAGCUCAUCUCUACCUUGAAUGCGCGACAGUCCGAGCUACAGACAGCGCUGCUACAGAGUCAGGAGCUUAAAGAUUCCGUAGAGGAGUUUAGCGGCUGGCUGUCGGCAGCGGAGAAUCGGUUGAACCUCCAGGGACCCGUGUCUGCCAGGCAUAAGGUGAUCAUGGACCAACAAGACAAGCUACAGGUCCUUGAGAAAGAUUUAGAUCAACACAAGCCAGUUCAUGAGCAUGUCAUGGAGAAAGGAAAAGCAGUACUGGAUAACAUGAAACCAGGACGCGAGAAAGACAACUUAGAACAGAAACUCCAAGACCUUGAUACACGCUGGAACAGCCUCUCGGAAAGAAUAUCCCAGCGGGGCGAGAAACUUCAAGAGAUUGAACCUUCAGCAGGCAAAUAUGUCAACAGCUCUGAACCUUUUACAAGCUGGCUUUCAGAAUCAGAGGAGCGUUUGAAAGAAUGCGAAAAGAUCCCUGAAGACGAGGAGAACGCGACACAACAACUUGAGUUACUAGAGAAUCUUCAGCACGAAAUUCUUGUACACAAGCCAGAUCACCAGACAUUCGUCGAGUCGUCCACACACCACACGGACAUUUGCAGUGACAAAGAAGUGACAGAUGAUUUGUCUGUUGUGGAGGAUGACAUCGCCUCUAUCGACAAGCGCUGGAAUGACCUGUGUACCACUGUGGGUGAUCGUCUCCAGACUCUGGAAAACAUCCAGGAAGAAAUUCAUCGAUUUCAAGUGGUGCUUCGCGUCACUCAGAAGACUCUUGUAGAGAUCGAGCAGAUUGUGGUUGUUGAGUACAUGUUGGUGAUGGAUCCAAAUAAAGCUAAACAGGAACUUGCCGAGAUUAAGAAAGCCAUCGUGCUUUUGAAUAACCGCCGACCGGAGCUGAAAGACCUUGAAAGGUACGGAAAAGCUUUAACAGAGAAGACUAGUUCUCCUGAAUGGCAAGAAAACGUGGCGGCCGUCCACCAGAAGUACAAUACGCUAGAAACCAAGUUACACGAGAGAGAAGAUUUUAUGGAGAGAGUCGUUCACUACAUUGUCAUUUACACGACGAACACUAGGCAAAUUGAAAGGAAAAUCCCGAAGAUCAAGGAAGAGAUUUCCAGUCUUGCCCCUGUUAGCAGCGAACCAGAGGUGAUCCAGGAACAACUCCAUGACGCUGAACAGCUACAGUCCGCGCUUGUUGAUGACCGUGUCUCCCUUGACAGUGCUCAGGAGGCUGCUGAUUGGUUGGCUGCUAACUGUAACCCAGGCCAUCAGGAGGAGGAGGAAAUGAAAACCAGAGUCAAGGUGUCGAAAGAAGCAUUGGACGAACUGAUGGCUAUCAACACUGAGCGGGAAAACGCUUUGAAGUGCGCUCUGAUGCAGUCCAAGGAGUUCAAGGCUGCGUCAAAUGACUUCCUCAUCUGGCUGAACGGUGUGGAAGACAGGCUUGCUUCUCAGCCUCCUGUGACGUCAGACACGGACUCUAUUCGAGAACUCAAGAAGGAUCACGUGCCUGUCUUUGAAGACGUACAACAACAUGAGCCUGUGCUGGUCGUCUUAAAGAAGUCAGCUGAUGAAGUCCUCCAAGCGACGGAGCCUGGUAAAGAGCGAGACAAAGUGGAGCAGAAAAUGGGCCAGAUACAAAACAGAUGGGACAAGGUUCAAAAGAACGCCACUGACCGCAAAGCCUUGCUGGAUCAGAUAGAACCUGUAGCUCAAGAGUACGGCGAAGACCUUCAAAACUUCCUGUCUUGGUUAGUGACUGCUGAGAGGAAUACAGCCCUCUUAAAGUAUGUACCCUGCGAUAGGAAAGGUCCUCAAAAGUACGAAGAACUUCUCAGGGAGAUGGAGGGUGAGGUUGUUGAAAAGGAGAGCUCUCUCAGUGAAUUAGAUCACAUCGCGCGGUCUUUGUUGGAGUUCAACCCAGAAGACGCCAAUAUCGUCAACUCACAAGUCCAAGACGUGAAGAAUCGAUUUGCCUCGCUUCAGAACAUUCUCAAAGAGAAAGCAAACAACCUCGAGAGAAUUAAACAACUCCUAGAAAACUUCAACUACCGCGUACAUGCUGUGGAGGAGCUUGUGGUGCAAGGUGUUAUCGUCUUCGCCUACAAAACGUCACUGAUGGAUGCUGAUGGAAUUGCUGAGAGGCUGGUCCUUAUACAGGAUGUAUUAGAUGCUUUUACAGAUCAAGAGGAAGAUUUAGAGCUGAUUCAAAGUGUUGGAAUGGACUUGCUUGACACUCUGGAAGAUGACUCCCCAGAUGCUGUGAUCAUCAGAAACCAGGUGGAUACCCUGUACAUGCGAUUCCGCGUCACGAGAGACCAUCUGCAGAAACGCAGGGCACAACUGGAAAAACACAAUCAACACCUUGUGCCUUUCAGGGAGAACAUCCAAGAACUUAAAAACUGGUUUGAAACUUUCGGCGAUGUCGUUGAGAAACUAGAACCGAUCAGCACCGAACCCAGGAAACUCAAACAGCAGUUAGCUGAAGCCGAGGAGUUGCAGAAUGAAGUUCAAGAGAAGACGUAUCUUCUCAGAAGUGCACAAACUGAAGGCGAGUGGAUGAUGGAGCACAGCAAAGAAGAUGAAGAUAUGGUGAUUGAUGUGGUGACUAUUCUAAGCGAGUGUCAAGCCAAGAUGGAUCGUUUAACAGCUAAAUUAGAUCAGCGGCAUUCUCGUCUGCAAAGCGCAGUCAUUGAGAGCCAGAGUGUAGAGGUGACUUUCGCUGAGUUUGUUGACGACUUGAGUAGGAUUGAAGAGCAGCUCGCUGGUAUGCGUCCCAUCUCUGUGGUCCGUGACACGCUGAAGGAGCAAGAGCGCCAGUUUGAGAUCAUGAAGGACGAUGUUAAAGAUUUAGACAAUCUCGCCGACGAACUGAUUUCUCGCGUGGAAAGCGUUUUAGAGAACGCCGAGCCUAGUCCAGACCGAGAAGCGUUGAAAACAAGAUUCGAAGACGUGAAAGCAAAGUGGGCUGAUGUCGAAGAUAAAGUCAAUAAUCGACAAACUGAGCUCGAUGAGCGCGCGCCAGUCCUUUACAAGUACCACGAGAAGGUCGAAGAUUUUGUUGCUUGGUUGACAGAACUGGAAAGCAAAAUAUCCGCGCAGAGCCCUGUAUCAUGUGACACUAAGAUGAUAGUCAAACAACUAGAGCAUGCUGAGGCGCUGAUGACAGAUUACGAGAACCACAAGCCGGAUUUUGAUGCUGUGAAGGAGAUCGCUGUAGAAGUGAUUGCAAGCCAGCCAGAUGAUGUGUAUGUCGUGGAGGCGCAGUUACAGUACGUGACCAAGAUGUGGGAUAGCGUUACGUUACGUUUGAAGGCCAGAUUGGAUCAGAUCAACAAUGUCAAGGAGAUUGCAGAGGAAUAUCAGAAGGCUCAGAGACCUGUUCGUGCUCUGUUCGCAUGGGCAGAAGACACCAUUGUACCCGUGGAGGCAAUUGGAUCAAACAUUGAACGAGCGAAACAAGAACUAAACAACACAAAGGCCUUACUUACCUUGAUGGCCAAUCGUGAAGCAGACAUGAAACAGGCAAUGAAAGUGGGCCAAAACCUCGUCUUGAAUGCAGACUCGUCGUCUCCAGAGGUAUCGUCACUGAGGCAAGAAGUCAAGGAGAUUCCAGACAGGUACGCUGACCUCAAGAAUCAGCUGACAGAACAGCAGGCUCAGUUGGAGAGGAUCAUCCAGGACAGCUCCGCAUUCCAACAACAAAUCAGAGAACUUGAACUGUGGGUGACGGAGGUGUCUGAGAGUACAGCCAUGCAAGAACCCAUUAGUACCAAUCCCAAGGUUGUGAACAAAAGACUGGAACAAACAGAGGCCUUGCAGAACGAGAUAGCUAAGCAACGGACUGCACUAGACCGCACUAAUGAUCUUGGUAAGGUCAUCAUAGAGAACAGCAGUGAUAACCCGCUGGUAGUAGCAGACGUGCAGGGGAAACUGACAAAGGUUCGGGUUCAGUUGGAUCGCUUGGACGCCAGAAUUGAACAACGCCACGCCAUUUUACAGAACAUUUUGCUCCAGAUCCAGGUUUACGACGUGAUGUUUGACGAGUUUGUAUCCAAACUCGCCGAGAUGGAAGAUGAAGUGAACAACUUCAGACCUAUUUCUGCCGUCCUGGAAAUCGUGAGCGAGCAGAAAGAGCGCAUUCAACGUAACGUUAGCGAUAACAUCGCCAGAAAGCAGCCCGUGUUUGAGAAGAUCUUAGACGAUGGGCUUGAGAUGCUGGAAAGGAUGGAACCCGGUAGCGAGAAGGAUGCCCAGCAGGAGAAAGUGGAGCAGAUGAAGACACGGUGGAACGAAGUCAAGGAAAAAACAGCUGAGAUCCAGAAAUGCGUGCAGGAGGUUCAUGAAGCCUCGCAGAAAUAUGACCUUAGGGGAGAAGCCUUCAGAGAAUGGCUUCAAGACGCGGAGAAGAAAGCGAGCAAGAUCUAUCCUGUGUCAUGCGACGAGCACGAAUUAGAUGAAAGUCUGAAAGAAAUUGAAGCAGUUUCCGCUGACAUACAGUCUCACAAGCCUGACUUCGAUGAGCUGGGAGAGUCAGCCAACACUCUAACCAGCUUGGCACAAGCUGAUGGAGAUGUCAUCAAGGCUGACUUCAACGAGUUGAAGAGUCGAUGGGAGGCUUUACAGGCCGCUGUGCUUGAGAAGAAAGCCAAGGUUGAAGAAGCCAAGGAGGCGAUUGAGAAGUACCAGAGUGCUUUGCAGCCCGUACAGGAAGCUUUCACUCAAGCGGAAGAUGCUUUGGCAUCCCAUGAGCCUGCGGGAACUGACGCUGAUAAACUCCGACAAGAAUUAGAGCAGAUAAAGGCCCUGGUGUCGACUCUAGAUGAGAGGAAAGGAGAUAUAAAACAGCUGAAUCAAUCAGGUCAACAACUUCUUCAACAAGCCGAGGACGACGCACCUUCAGCGCUGAGUGUGAAAGAACAGCUUGUAAACACAAACAACAAAUCUAAAGAUCUACCAGCCAGGCUUAGCGACAGACAAAAGGAGCUCGAGAAGACGCUAGAGGCCACUUUGAAGUUUAAUUCGUCGCUUGAAGAGAUAGAACAAUGGCUUCCAGAAACUGUUGAAACUGUUGAUGUACUAGAACCAGUGAGUUCAGAACCUGAAAAACUGAAAGAACAAAUCAGGGAGACUGACGGACUGCUCGAAGAAGUGAAACGAUACCUGGUACGCUUGUGUGUUGUGGAGGAGACAGGCCAGCGUUUGAUUGAAGACAGCAUGCAGAAUCCAGACGCUGUAUUCGACAUUCAAAACAAGAUUGAGAAAGCUCGCCAGCCACUUGACAAGCUCAACGCUAAGUUGGAACAGAGAAGUUUAAGACUGCAUGAUGCCGUAUUGCAAUCACAAGAGUUCCAAGAGGCGUACGAUGAUUUUGAUGCUCGGUUAGGGACACUCGACGAAAUGCUUCAAAGCCAGGAGCCAAUUUCACCAGACUACCCUGCAACAAGACGUCAAAAGGACGAGACAGAGGAGUUAAGUGACUCCGUUGCCCAGAUGCAGCCUGUGCUGGAGAAAUUGCUCGUUGCAGGAGAAAAGGUUCUGGAAGCUUCAGAUCCUGGAAAAGACAGAGAUACUUUGCAACAGAAGUUAGAUGACCUGAAGGAAAAAUGGGAAAAUGUUAAGAGCAGAGCCACAGAGCGUGACAGCAACGUCGCGUCUGUGAUUCCUGAUGCAAAAUCUUUCCACACUGGCGCGCAAAAGUUUGACUUGUGGCUCUCAGAGACGGAGAGAAAACUCGGAGCCGUCAACACCGACUCUGUGAGCCCAGAAGAGCUAAGCCAACAGCAAAAAGCCUUAGAAGAUCUCAAAAAAGCCAUACAGAGCCAAAGACCGGAUCAUGAGUCGCUGAACAACACCGCUGAAUCUUUGAAGGACAAGUGCAAAGAUAACAGUUACUUUGUAGAAGUUCAAAUUAAGGAUGUUAACCGUCGCUGGGAGGAACUUCUAAAAGACAUCGAGACAAAAGAAUCGGAGCUUCAAACUGCUAAGGACACUGUUGAUGAGUACCUUGAUGCAUUGGACACUGUAGAACAAGUUGUACAGAAGGCGGAAUCAACGCUCGAAUGCCAGCAACCAACCGAUCUUGACGUCGCUAGGAGCAAGGAAGAGCUCGAAAAGGUGCAGCAAGUCGUGGAAGAUCUCGAGAAAUCCGAGCCUCGACACAAAGAAAUGCAGGAGCUUGGCGACAAGCUACUUCAGGGAAUGAAUCCAGAGGCCAUCGACGCUGUGAUGUUGAAGCAACAGUUACGUAAAGUGAGUGAUUCGUUCAAUGACGCUCUUGUCAAAAGUAGAGACCGCAAAGCACAGCUGGAGAAAAUUGUGGUCUUGAUAAUAGAAUUUACGGAAAAAUACGAGGUGCUGAUAACCUGGACUGAGGAGAUAACCAUCGUGAUUGAGACCAUCCAUGUGAUAAGAACUAAUCCUGGUGUUGUGAAAAGCCAGCUGGAUGAAAUUGAACACAUCCAGGAAGACAUUGUGAAGCACAAAUACAUUCUCGAGUCUGCUGAUGAGGCUGGAGAACGGCUUGUAGAAUGCUGUGACAACGAACCGGCAGUCCUAAUGGAGGUAAACAACAAGAUACACAAAGCGACGGCUUCACUGGAAUUGCUUUCAGCUAAAGUUGAUGAAAAACACAACAUGCUGCAAGCCGCCGUUUUACAAUCGCAAGAAUUCCAAGAAACGCUGGAUGAUUUUGCUGACAAGCUGGCUAAGUUGGAAGAUGAUGUAGCUAAAAUGGGACCUGUGUCUUCUCGGUAUGAUGUGUUACGCGAUCAGAGCGAAGAGAUUGAGCACGCCACUGCCGAUGUCAAACAGCUCGAGCCAGUAUUUGAAAAGGUCUCUAAAACCGGUGACGAAAUUUUGGAGAGUCUUGAGCCGGGAGAGGAAAAAGACGAACUUAAAGAGAAAUUAAGCGACCUCUCCACACGGUGGAAUGUGGUGAAGACGAAGAUUGAAGAUCGUAAAUCCAAAAUCGACGACGUUUCAGUUGUAGCAAAGACACAUCAUGACUCGCUGCAAUCGCUUCUGCCAUGGAUGAGUGAUGCAGAAAAUUGGGUUGAUUCGCUCGAACCUGUCUCUUGCGAUGAGAAGUGUAUUUCCAAGGAACAAAAGACACUGGCCACAUUAGUGCAGCAGCUGGACGAACGCAAGCCCGAGAUUGACGCCGUAAAUGAUUCUUCCCGUGAGCUGGACGAUCUGUGCGAUGACGUACAGGUGGUCCAAGCCGAAUCCAAGGAUGCUAACAAAAGAUGGGAGGUGCUAACGGCUAAUCUGAAGGUACGACAGCAACAUCUGGACAGCGUGUCUAGAAUCCUGGAACAACUGACCAAUCAGCUUCACCCAAUCGAAGAGCGGCUAGACGAGGCUGAGGCGUUGGUAGAUGCGCCUCUUUCGAAUCUCACGGAUGCUGGGAAAGGCGAAGAAGAGCUCAGGAAAAUCGAGGCCUUGUUGUCCGUCCUUAAAGAGCAAGAGCCUGAAAUGAACGAAGUGAAUGACAACCUGUCACUCCUGAUGCAGCAGGUUGACGAAAAGACUCCCCACGCUACCCAAGUUAGGGAAGAAGUGUCACAAGCAGACCAAAAACAGAAAGAUCUUAUCGAAAAAUUGAAUGCGCGCAAAGCCAACCUGGAAGAAGACGUCCAACACGCUCGUGUGUUCCAAGGUUCGCUCGUGGACCUAGAGGCUUGGCUACCCGAGGCUGAGGAGCGUGUUUCUGCUCAACAACCCAUCAGUACUGAUCCUGAGACAGUCAGAAAACAGCUGGAAGAAGCACAGGUUCUCAAAGAUGACAUCACGAAGCACAGGGCACUCUUCCAAACAGCCGAGAAUGCGGGACAGAAGUUGAUAGAAAGAAGUCAAGAGGAUCCAGCAGUUGUGGCCGAUGUUUACAGUAAACUUUACAAGGUGCGCACUGCACUGGACAAACUCUCAGCUCGAGCAGAUCAGCGUGUCGGUCGACUGCAGCAUGUUCUGCUGCAGAGUCAAGAGUUUCACGUUUCCUUUGCUGAGUUUCUGGAGAAACUGGGUCGAGUGGAAGAACAGAUUGCUCUCCAGGCCUCAGUGUCUGGAGUGUACAGCACGGUCAAGGAGCAAAGUCAACAGCAAAAGCCCGUUAAUGACACCAUUCAGCAGCAAGAGCCAUUGUUUGAGCAGCUUGUUCGAGCAGGACGAAAUGUUUUGGACACAUCUGAACCCGGCCCGGAUAGGGACGCUCUUGAGGAUAAACUAAAUGAUGCUACACAACGGUGGGAGACGGUCAAAAAACAGACCGCUGACCGACAGGAACAGCUAGAUCAAGUGCUGCCACUUGCAAAAGAGUUCCACAGUGAAAUUCAGGACAUUACACCAUGGCUGAAUGAAGCUGAGAAACGCCUGCAGGCUGUAGAACCAGAUUCUUGUGACCUAAGAUCCAUUGAGAAACAGCUAGAUACACUAGAUGAACUGAAGAAGGAGAUUGCCGAUCGCAGACCAAUUGUUGAGACCGCGAAAGAAACUUCUUCAUCUCUGUCGAACAGUUGUAGUGCAGACAGGUAUGUAAUCGAAGGAGAAGAGCAAGAUGUUAGAAAACGCUUUGAUAAUUUGUCUGCGGAAGUACCCAGGCUUGAAGACAAUUUGUCAGCUUUGAAAGACGCUUUAGAAAAAUACAACAAGACUUUAACUCCUACUGAAGAACUCCUAGAACGCACAGAAAAGGCACUGGCUUCCCGCGAGCCUACUGGUAUAAAUGUGGACAAAGGUAAAGACCAACUCAAGGCCGUCGAGGAUCUUUUAUCGUCGCUUAGAGCCGCCGAACCCGAUGUAAACGAUCUGAAGGAAGCUGGUGAUAAACUGACAUCUGCUAUGGAUCCGAAAUCCGCUGAAGUCCCUCGCGUGAACCAGGAAGUGGAUGCUGUGACCAGACGAUACAACGACCUGCUGGAAAACUUGAACAAUGAAAAAGAUCAACUCGAGAAAGAAACCGAGAAAGCACUGAAGUUCCAGGAUGCUUUGCACAACCUAGAGGAGUGGUUACCUAGGGUGGAAGAGGCUGUGGCAGCUCAGGAACCAAUCAGCAGCGACCCGGAAGUAGUUAAACAACAGCUCCAACAGGCAGAGGCUUUGAGAGAUGAAAUCGCGAAAAACAAAGCCUUUUUAGACACACUGGAGGACACAGGCAAAGAAAUCAUUGCAGAUAGCAGCGAAGAUCCCCAAGUGGUGCGAGAUGUCAGAGGUGAACUGAACAAGAUCGUUUCGCCAGUUGAAGCAAUUCUCCGUAAACUUACUGAACGUCAAGUCAAACUACAGAAUGCUCUACUGCGCUCACAGGAGUUCCAGGUUUCUUUCGACGAAUUCAUGGCCAAGCUAGACGCUUUUGAAGAACAACUGGCAAAGCAAGAACCCAUUUCCGCUUUGCAUGAAACCGUGCAAGUUCAGCGGCAAGAGAACGAGGCGUUGCAAAGAGACCUGGCUUUACAAGAUCCAGUGUUUGAGAAACUUGUUCAAAACGGACAAGGAGUUGUCGACGCGUUGGAGGAUGCGCCUGAAAGGGAAGCCAUGGAGAAGAAGGUCGCUGAAUUGAAGACGAGAUGGCAAGAUGUGAAAGACAAGGUUGGCGAUCGUCAGAAGCAACUGAUUAAGGUCGAGAAAGAAGCGCUGAAAUUCCGUCAAGAAGCUGAUUCCUUGUCAUUGUUGCUCGGGGAUGCAGAAAAACAGGUGGACGAGUUUGAACCGCUUACUGUGGACAUAGAAAGCAUCGCCAAACAGAAAGAACUUGUGCAGCAGAUUACAGGAAUGGUGGACAAGCUCAAAUCCGAUGUUCGCGACGUGGGAGGAAGCGCUGAUGAACUGAAGGAAGACUCGCAGAGAGAUGAACCUGUUGUGCAGGCAGAGGUUGAAGACUUUGUGGCAAGGAUCGAAAAAUUGUCAGCUUCCUUAGACCAGAGGGUUGAACAACUGUCUGCAAUAGAGGCAGCGUCACAUGACUAUCACGUGACUGUAAAGAAGGUGGAGGAUGUAUUUAGCGAGGCUUUUGAUGUUGUUGAUGCUCCAGUUGUGUGUGCAACAGACACUGAAUCAGCCAGUCAACAGCUUGCCAAGAUCAAGGAACUAACUGCUGUUCUCGAUGACCACGCCCCGGAAGUACAGAACGUAGGUCACAAGGGAGAGAGCUUGCUACAACAGGUCCAUGACUCGUCACCAGACCAUGCAGUCGUCACCGGCAAAGUUGCCGACGUCUCGCAGAAGUUCCAGGAGCUGCAGCAGAAGCUCAAGGCUCAAGAGGAAGCUCUCUCCAACAAGAUCAAGGACACGGAUGACUUCAACGCCAAGGUUGACGAGCUCGAUACUUGCAUACAGGACGCUCGUGAGAAGCUCGCUGCUGUUGGACCUGUCAGCACUGAUCCUACAACUGUAGAGAAACAACUGGACCUUGUACGGGCCUUGAAAGCGCAACUGGAAGAGAAGAAACCAACACUAGAAGAUGCCCAGGGCUUGUGCGAUAAACUGACAGAUCAGAACAAGGAUGAACCGCUAGUUGUGGCAGCCAUCAAGAACAAACUUGACAAAGUGGAGUCUCCAUAUGAAGACCUCAGGGCCAAGAUCACUGAACUGGAGGGCAGAUUGCAGGCAGCUCAAAUACGCUCCCAAGAAUUCGAUGUUUCAUUCAGCGACUUCAAAGAUAAGCUUCAGGACAUGGAGGAACUUACAGCAAAUCUUCAACCUGUAUCGGCCGUGUAUGAUACACUCAAACAACAGAGGAGUGACGAUGAGGAACUACAGGAAAAGAUCAGACACCAGGAACCUGUGUUUGAUCAGCUUAUGAAAAAUGGCAGUGGUCUUCUUGAAAGCGCGGAGCCUGGAGCAGAAAAAGACGAACUCGAAAGUAAACUCGCAGACGUUGAAAAGCGUUGGAAUGAGAUCAGACAGAACACCGCUGAACAUGUAGCUCGCAUUGAUUCAGCUCUUCCUGAGGCAGAAAAAUACAACGAAUCAGCAAGCAGUCUUGGGCCGUGGCUUACAGAAACUGAGCAAAAACUAGCCUCACUAGAACCUAUCGUAGCUAGCAAGGAAACUGUAGAGAAACUAAACAACACCGUGAGAUUGCUCCGUGAAGAUAUCGACAAGCACAGACCUGAGAGAGACGCGGUUAGCGAGAAAUCAGAAGCUGUGAUAGAAUUGACUGAGGCUGACGGAGAUAUUGUCAGAAGCGAGGCUCAAGAUGCUGUGGAACGAUACGACGAGUUAAACACCGCUUUUGCCACCGAAGAGAAAGAACUGCAAGAAGUUUUGGAAUUGUUAGAUCAGUAUAACAAUCUAAUGGAGCCUGUGGAAAAAACAGUUGAAAAAGUCGACGCCGCUCUCGAGUCCCAAGGACCAAUUAGUGCUGACGUAGCAAAGAACAAGGAAGAUCUCGACAACAUAAAGGCGCUGAUCCAGCAGUUGGAAGACAUGAAGGAAAACUUCGACAAGGCAGAGACUAGCGGACAGCAAACUGUGGACGUCAUCUCUGCUUCAAACGGUGAUCCUUCACUAGUCCAAGAAGAACUUGCAGCAGUUAGCCAAAAGUAUCGUGCUCUCCUAGGUCAAAUAAAAAACAAACAAGCCCAGUUGGAACAGGCUAUUGAUCAAGGCACGCAAGUACAAGACAAGCUGGAUGAAAUGCAAGCUUGGACUGACGAUAGUGACGGGGCCGUGAAAGCCUGGGAGCCAAUAAGUACAGAUCCUGUUACGGCACAGAAACAACUGGAGCAGUUGCAGGCGCUGAAGGAUGAUCUUGAAAAACAACAAGAAAAUCUGAAAGACAGCAAGACCUUAGCAGAGAGUCUGCUGUCUGCCAGUGAAGAUCCAGUGUCUGAAGCCGAACUACAAAGCCGUAUAUCCAGAGCUGAACUCGACUUGAAACAGCUUGCUGAGCAGAUUGAAGAGCGGGAGAAUCAGCUUCAAACUGCGCUUACUCAGUGUGGCCAGUUUGAGACUGAUUUUGAUGAUUUCUUACGCUGGCUAACCAAGACGGAAAGAACUGUGGCUAAGCUUAGACCGAUUUCUGCUGACGUAGCGACUGUUCAAGAUCAGAAAGACAGUUAUCAGGACAUCCACCAGGAGAUUAAAGACAAAGAACCAACUUACAUGGCCUUGAUGGCAGCCGGAGAGCAGCUGAAGGAAACAAGCCAACUACCCGCUGACCGAGAUAACCUGCAGGAAAAACUCGACAACAUGAGCCAGCGGUGGACAGAGCUGAACGAAGCGUCAGAUGACCGCACCGCCAAGUUGGAACAAGCAGUAAAACUGACUAAUGAGUACCAGGAACAGCGCGGCCACUUUGUACCGUGGCUGGACGGGGCUGAAAGGAGAGCGGACGCUAUAUGCUUGACCUGUGAUCCAAAAGCCCUUGAAUCCUGCAAGCAACAUGUCGAGGAGUUACAGCAAGAUGUUGAGAACCAUUCAGAUCCACACGAUGAACUUGACAACACAGCACAGGCAGUCACUCGAGUUUGCGUUGAAGAAGUGAGCGCUGUCGAGGAUGACAUCCAAAGCGUGGACAAACGAUGGAACGACUUGAGCAAAAACCUUCAAAGCAAACACUCAGACAUUGAAGCUUUACAAGGCCAGCUGCAGGAAUAUAAAGUUGCCGUUGAUGGAGUUGAUGAGAAAAUAUCUGCUGUGGAAACUGAUCUUAACGUGGAGAGAACACCUGUCUCUGAUGUGAAGGAGGAGAAGAAACACAUUGAGAAGCUUGAGGCGUUAAAAGAACAACUAGAAGAGCUGAAACCAGAGUUUCAGUCGGCUGUUGGAACAGGUAAUAAUAUUCAGGAAGGUAACCCGAGCGCUGACACAGCCGCUGUUGAAUCAGAGAACAAGAAGUUAGAAGACCAUUACGCUGAAGUACAGGACAAGCUGGUUGACGCGAUCGACAAAAACAAAAAGGUGCUUGCAGACCUGGAGGAGUACUGGGAACAAGAAGCCAAGCUAGAGGAGCAGGUUAAGGAGACUGAGGUCAAAUUGGAAGAAAAUAAACCCGCGGUGAUGGAUGCUGAGAAACUUAAAGAACAACUGGAGAAGGCAAAGCUGCUGAAGGCAGAAGUAGACGAUCUAAAGCCUGAUUUUGACACAGUUAACAAGCAAGCUCAAGCGCUGAUCUCCGCUGGCCUUGGGUUUGAUUCGGCGAUGGUGAAACAAAUGUCUGACACUGACAAGCAGUGGAAUGACGUCAAUGACGCCGCAGCCAAUCAGCAAGCGGAACUCGAGAAGGCAUUGCAACAAGUGGAAGAAUUGCAGGAAGCAUUACGUCAGGCAGACCAGGCCAUGAGUGAAACUGAAGACAAGGUCAAACAGCUGCAACCGAUUGGCGCUGAUGUGGACACGAUAAACCAGCAGUUGGAGGACAUCAAGGAUUUACAAAAGGAAAUUGAUGGACUUCAGGACCAGCUUGCAGCACUAAAUGAUCUGAAAUACAAGAUGGCCGUGGCGUAUCCAGACGCUGACACCAGUGACAUCGAUCAGACCAUAAGCGAUCUAAACCAGCGACUUCUAGCCAUGAAUCAAGACCUUGGCAACAGGCAGACCAAGCUAGAAAACGCGCUGCUGGCCUGUGGCAAGUUCCAGGAUGCUUUGCAGUCACUCCUUGACUGGCUAGCAGAGACACGUGAGCUGGUAGAGAAUCAAGGUCCCAUUGCUGCAACUGACCCCAAUGUAAUGAAGGCUCAGAUGCAAGAACAGAAGCUGUUUACCCGAAUGAUCGCUGACCGAGCGCCUGCAGUGAAGUCGUUACAAGAAACUGGCGAAGAAGUUCUGAAAACUGCUGAUGAUGACACCAAGGCGCGUAUAGAAGAAGGGCUGGCAGAUGUCACACGUCAAUGGGCGGAGCUUAAUGACAUGACAGACACCAGGAAAAACGCACUGGACGUUGCCAUGGAAGCAGCUGUCAAGUUUGAUGGACAGCUUGCUGAUGCCGAUAAGAAGAUAGCCGCUGCUGAGGAAGAACUGCAGGCUCAACAACUGGGUCAGAAAGCAGAACCUGAACAUAUCCAAGAAGAGGCGAAAAAGCUGCAGGAGUUGUGCCAGGAAAUUGACAGCCUUGAGUUCCCAGUCCAAGACGCAACACAAGCUGGCGAGGAACUCAUGUCCCAUUGCACCGACGGAGAUAAAGACUUAGUCCGUGACAAAACAGACAAGCUCUUGCAGCGUUACAAAAAGCUGCGUGACCAAGCUAAUGAUAGGAGGAAGGAAGCUGAAGAUGCUGCUAAACUUUCGGAAGAAUUCUUUGACGCCAAAGAUCAGUUGAUUGCUUGGUGUGACGACACUGCAAGUAAACUGGAAGCGGCGAAAGAUGAAAGUGAAAAUGUUCAGCAGGAGAUGCUCAAGGAUAUCCAAAAAGCUCUAGCAACUAAGGAACCAGAAGUGUCCUCGUGUAGAGAGAUGGGUGACAACCUCAAGAAAUAUCUCAUCGACGACGAGAAGCCGAAAGUAGACCAAGCUCUGAGCGAGGUUGAUGAGAAAUGGAACUCAUUGCAAGCAGAGGUCGACAAGCUCGCUAAGAAGUUGUUUUCAUCUCAGGAGCGCGUUGAAAGCUUCCAACUUGAAGUGAACGAGCUGAAGACAUGGCUGACAGAUACAGAAGGGACGCUGUCCAAUAUGGACCCAGUGGGUGUGGAACCAGAGAGAGUUAAACAGCAACUUGGCGAUCAGGCGGCCCUCAAUGCUAACGUCGCAGCGCAUGAGAAACCUGUUAAAUCUGUGUGUGAAAACGGCGACGCCCUAAUAACAGUGCUACAAGACGACGAACAACAGACCGUUAAAGAUGAUAUAGACAGCAUCAAGACUCGCUACCAGAAUGUGAAGAAUGAAACAUCAGCUCGACAAGCCUCGUUAGUGGAAGCUCUGUUACUGUCACAGCAGUUCAGAGACAUUCACAAGGAGGUGGUCACCUGGUUAGAUCGCUGUGAAGAAAACUUCCGCAAGCUGGACGAUGGUUCAGUUGCAGAACUUCAGCAGGAGAGAAUCAAGUCAAUCCAGGAAGGCAUCACUGCCCUGAAAGUUUUGAUCGGUAAUUUGGAAGUAACCGGUAAUGACCUGGUCAAGCUGAGUGGUCCAGGUGAGGGAUCCAGCUCGAUUGAGGACAAAGUAGCGACUUGUCUUGAGCGCUAUGAACGGCUGCAGAGGCAGACCGAGGAACGAGGAAUAAAGAUCGGAAUGACGUUGGCACAAGAAGAAGAGCUACAGAACAGACUGGACGAGCUGCAGGCCUUGCUGGAAAGACGAAAAGAAGAGUUUGGCAAUCUGAAGCCCAUUAGCGUCCGACCGGAUAAGAUUCGUGCGCAGAUUGAAGAGAUAAAGGGACUUCAGAGUGAAUUCGAUCCUGAGAAAGAGUUGGUUGAAGAGGUCAGACCAUUGGUGACAGCUCUGGUGAAUGUAAAUCCAGAUACCAAAACAUCAUUACUCAUGAAGGACAAGAUGAGCAAAGUUUCAACGCUGGCAGCCGACACACAAACCUUGUAUGACGAAAGGCUGAAAGCUCUUGAACUGGCCCUUGAUGCUGGCGAGAAGUUCUGGACGGGCUUAGAUGAGAUCAAGAACAUUCUGAAGGACGUACAGGAUCAUCUUGACUCGGAGGAACUCCCUGCCGCUGACCUAGAAGUUCUGGAGGAGCAGAUUCAUGAUCACCAGGAGCUUCGCUCGGAGCUGGAUGCACACAGUGAAGCAGUGAAUGUGUUGUGCGAGGCCAGCCCUGUUCUUGUCGCGCAUUGUAGCUCCAGUGACAAGCAGCUGGUACAAACAGAGCUCGCUGGGGUCACCUCACAGUGGGCAGACAUCGAAAAGACGUGGAACAAGAGAGAAGCUGAAAUGGGAGAUGUCAAAGAAACUGCCACCCAAUACCACAACACCCAUGAUCCUUUGCUGACUAAGUUGACUGACCUGGAACAGAGGCUUGCCGAGCAGCCACCUGUGGGGACUGACCUGGAUAUUGUCAAAGAACAACUGCAAGAGCAGAAGGCCUUCCAAAAAGAACUGACUCCACUCCAAAGUGAUGUAACAGCGGUCAACCAGAAGGGCACAAUGCUGAGCGAGCAGUGUCGCCCGGAAGACGCGGACUUGAUCUCAGCACAACUGGAAGAAAUCAACGCUCGGUGGGAUGACUUGUGCAUUCAUUCCAGUGAGAGGCAGCAGACCAUCGAAGGAGCUCUGUUACAGCUUGGACAAUUCCAACUGGCUCUAGAAGAGCUGCUUGUUUGGGUAAAACAGACCAAUGCCACACUUGACGAACAGCUGGCCAAGAAUGUUCAAGGAGAUGUGAAGUUUAUUGAAGUUGAGAAAGCGAAACAUAAGAUUCUUCAAAAUGACAUCCUCGCACACGAACCUUCUGUUGAAUCAGUAUCACGUGCUGCUUCCUCGCUACUGAUGGAGAACGGAGACAGUAAGCUGGAGAGCGGCGCCCUGCAGAUGAAGGUGACGGAGCUGCAGGAUGGCUGGCAGAAGGUGUUGGACAAGGCAGCCCGCCUGGAUGCCGAGCUCGCUGCUGCGCUGAGCGCGUCCCAUGACGUCAUGGACCAGAUGAAGGAACUAAGGAUUUGGCUGAAUGAAUCACGUGAAUUCCUUUACUCCAGGAGACAAAUCGGAGGCAGACCUGAGAGUGCGCGUAAUCAAAUCGCUAAACAUAAGGACUUUUUGGACGUGUUAGAAAAACGUAAGGAAACGUAUGAACGAAUCACUGAAGCCGUCCAAGCCAUGAUCAGGAACAGCGACCCGACGACAGCAGCCUCGCUUCAGAAGCAGCUGGAUGAAGUGAAAGAAGCAUGGGAUCAAGUGAGCACUAAGGCUGAAGAGGAAGGUCAUAAACUGGAUGACGCUCUCAAGAAUGCUGAAGAAUGGGAGAAACAACUGACAGACAUGGACUCAUGGCUCACACAAGUUCACGAUCGAAUAGUGUCAUUCGAUCACGUCAGCUCUAUAUUGGAUGUUUUGGAAAAACAACGGCAUGAACAUAAGGAACUCAAAGACGAUAUCGACGCUCACCGUGAACCAUUCAAACAGCUCAAGAUUCUCUCGUAUAAGAUCACUGAUGUGUGUAUGCAGGAAGAUGUUGCUUACAUAGAAGUAACUGUCACUGAGCUGGAGGCUCGAUGGAAGGAGUUGCUUGGUCUGUCUUCUGCCAGAAAGAAAGAUCUGGAAGAAAAUUACAAGCUGUCACAGAAGUUCUUCAAGGGUGCUGAGGAGUUGUUGAAGAUGCUGGAUGAAGCGGAGCAAGGACUUAAGGACGAGGAACCGAUCGGAGUGGAUCCUGUUCAUUUGAGGGCGCAAUUGAAGAAACACAAGGAGUUCCAGUCCAUGCUGGGUGCCAGUCAAGCUUCAAUGGAUGGCACUAUCAAGACCGGCAAAGUGUUAAUGGACAAGAGUCCACCAGACGACUCCAUCAUGAUUGAAGGCAAGAUAGCUGACCUCAAAGCACGAUGGGAUGCCAUCUGUGCACUGUCAGUCGAAAGACAACAAAAGCUUGAGGAGGCGCUUCUCUUCACUGGAAUGUUCCAGGAUGCCUUGCAGUCCCUGCUUGACUGGCUUAGUACAGUAGAACCCAGUCUUUCCACGGAGACCGCCGUCAUGGGUGAUCCUGAAACUGUACAGAUCUUGAUUGACAAUCACAAGACAUUCCAACGUGAGCUUGGCCGCCGUCAAGCAAACUAUGACUCUGUGAUGAAUGCAGGAAGGACAAUGGUCGAUGAAAACAAAGUUGAAGAUCCGCAGAAACUGGAGGAGAGGCUUGAGGACUUGCGCGUGCGCUGGGAAGCUAUCAGUGCCUUGUCUGCUACCAAACAAGACAGGCUGGAGAAUGCCCUGGUUUUAGCAAAAGAAUUUGACUCGGGUGUGAAGACCGAAUUGCGUAUUCUGAAAGACUUUGAAGACACGCUCAGGGGACUAGGUCCUAUUGCAGACGACCUGGAAACUAUAAGCGAACAGUUGACUGAGCACAAGGCUUUCCAUGAAGAUUUGAUGGCAGAGGAAGUGAAUGUCCAAUCAGCCAUCAAGAAGGGUCAGGUCAUAGCGCGCUUCUGUCAUCCCAGUGCGCUGCAGAUUAUCCAGCAGUGGAUUGCACGACUUAAGAAACGCUGGGAUGAGGUGCGCAAGUGGUCAGUUCAGCGACUGACGCGUCUGGAGGAAGAACAAGCCAAGCUGACAGAGGAACAGAGUAUGAUGGAGGAUCUGCUCAAUUGGAUCGGAAGGAAGGAAGAGAUCUUAAUCGAAAAGGAGAACGAACCAAUACCAGAUGACGAUUACGAAGAGGUCAUGAGACUGUUGGAAGACCACAAGGGUUUCCAAGAAGAAAUGGCCAAAAAACAACCGACAUACGAUAGCCUCACCAAGUCAGUUAAAAGGCGCGGCUCUGUUGUCCCUGCUGCUUCCGUCUCCCCGCUGCAAACGCAGGUCACUCCAGAGCACAAGCAAGGACGGCGCCCUAGUAGCAGGAUACCGAAACUCGCCAGUCCUGCCUCGUCCUUCACACGGGAACGAUCACGUGACAAGUUGACUAGCCCAGGCUCCUCGUUUACGCGGUCGGGUUCCACCACACUUGACAAGAACCAUCCAGCCCUGCUGCACUUGUCGAAACGAUGGCAGCAUCUAUGGCUCCUUUCAAUGGAAAGGCUGCGACGCCUUCAGGAGAAGCUGGAACGAAUUGCUAUUAGACGUGCCUCGGCGAAGUUUGACUUCAUCGAGUGGAAGAACAGGUUCAACAAGUGGCUUCGUGACAGCAAGUCACGCGUUCUCGACAUCUUCCGCCGUAUGGAUCACGAUCGCGAUGGUAAACUAACGCGAGAGCAGUUCAUCACUGGAAUACUCAACACAAGCUUCCCCACUGAGAGAUGGGAGAUGGAAAUAGUCGCCAGCAAAUUUGAACGUGACGGACUCAUUGACUACAAGGAGUUCGUGAACUCACUAAAGGAUAAAAAACCGGCGAGCAAGAAGCCGGAGAAACCAAAGACUGAAGCGCAGCAGAUUCAAUCUGAAGUCGAACGCCUGUGUCGCAAGUGCGAGUGCUGCACUCAAUUUCAAUACACCAAAGUGGCCGAGAACAAAUACAGAUUCGGUGACUCGCAGAAACUGCGUUUGGUUCGUAUCCUCCGCAGCACUGUCAUGGUCCGAGUCGGAGGAGGUUGGGAAACACUGGAAGAAUUUCUUCAAAAGAACGAUCCCUGCAGAGCUGCGGGCCGAACAAAUGUGGAACUCAGAGAACAGCUGUCGAGACCCGAAGGCGUGACACAAACAAUGGGAUCGUUCACGAGUAGACGGCAAUCAGAACAGAGCAAAACAGUGGUCACCGAGAAACCACCGACUGGUCUUGGUCGAAAACCACGACUUGACGUUCCGAGCAGCGGUUACGGAAUGCGCCGAGAAAAGUCCGGCGAACUUCGACCUCGUCGUGAAAAGUCGGGAGAAUUUAAACCACCCAGUGGUCCACCUAAGCAGAGAAGCGGGACAAGCCUGAAGGGGGCGGCUGAAAAGUCAUCUCCAGGAAAGAAAACUAGUAUCGGAUCAAGAGUAAGGAAAACAGACAGUCAAACAUCACUUGGAAGUACAGGAUCCCUCGAGGAUUCGUCGGAGACUUCAUCUCCUCGGGUGUCCUCGGGAAUUCCUUCAAGCCCCACGAGUAGUACCUCAUCCCGCGGAUCCCCGGAUCGUCCCAGUUCGGCUGCGUCAAAAUCCUCUAGUAAGGGGACUGGGCUCUCAAGAACUGGUACAUCAGGGAGUCGAGAAAAUGUCCGCGGUAGCAGGGAGAGUCUUCAUAAACCCAAAGAGGGAGCGCGAGGCACUGCCAUUCCUAAAAGCACAAGUAAGAGUCCUGGAACAACAAAGACAAGAAGCGGAGAAGAGAAAAAAGGUGCGGCGAAGAAGUAGAUGCGCCGACAACGACAUCUAAAUCAAAUGAGAAUUCUUUCAGAGUGUGAAAACAAGUUAAGAUGGACAAAGUUAGGUAGUCUUAAAAGUAAAUUGUGUUCGUAAUUCUAGAAAAGUAUUUAAUAAGUCUGCUGUAAGAGUUUGAAGUUAAAUAGUUAUUUUAAUUAAAAGUCGUCUAUACGAGAAUCUACAACGAACACAAAUAUGCAAUCGUUUUAUACCUGUUAAGCAUAACUCUUCGUAAUUGUAACAAGACUAAAAACGGCCAUUUUUUGAAAUUUGCGCUUUUUUUAUACCGUGUAAAGGUCAUACCUGUUUGGAUUGCUCACAGACAGGAAAGCUUUAUAUUGAAUAUUGCAAACCGUAUAAUCAUUGCAUUUGUAACAUAGCCCUUUGGGAACGUAACAGUACACUAAGUUAACAAGUCAUGUUUUUGGACGAUAAUAUUUGUUGAAAAAUUGUAGAGUUUGAAGCUAUUUAAGUAGAAAUUAUUGUCACAUUUGAACUUUUCGUAAGCGCUUUCCGUGUCUGGCGUUGACAAGAGUUGAUGUUCUCAACUCUCUUAGCCUACAUGUUUUUGCGAAAACUAAAUUAAAGCCAUGGACAUUUUGUAGGAGUAAUAAAGGUAAUUUUCUAUGACU